AUGGCGACUACAACAUUCGACCCAGCUAAAGACAUCCCGAACUUGAAAGGAAAAGUCCUCAUCAUAACUGGAGGAACCGCAGGAAUCGGUCGAGCAACAGUUCUAUCAUUCGCAGCCCACCAACCCGCCCACAUCAUCUUUACCGGGAGAUCACAACCUUCAGCAGAAGCAGUCAUCUCAGAAUCAUCUUCCGAACACCCCUCAGUCCCAGUAACAUUCAUAAAAUGCGAUCUCGCCUCCCUGUCUUCAAUCCAAACCGCGGCCCGCCAGAUCGUCUCAAAAGUCACCCGCAUCGACAUCCUCAUAGCCAACGCUGGAGUCAUGGCUCUUCCCCAAGCCCUCACAGAAGAUGGCUACGAGAUCCAAUUCUGCACAAACUUUUUGGGACACGCACUCUUGGUGAAACUUCUAACCCCCCUAAUGCAAACCACAGCCAGAAUCCACGGAGACGUUCGAAUAGUCUGGGACAGUUCCAUCGUCUACAUGAUCCAUCCCCUUGGAGGAAUUCAAUUCGACACACUCCAAACCAUACAAGCAGACAUGUCCCCUACUUCAGGAAAUUGGAUUCGAUACAGUCAGUCAAAACUCGCAAAUCUGCUAUAUGCGAGAGCUUUUGCGAAACAUCACCCGGAGAUAACUUCUGUCGCUAUACAUCCUGGGAUCGCGUAUACGGGAUUGAUUGAAUCGCUUAGCUGGGCGGAGAGGAUUUUUGUCAAAGCUACGACGUUUUGGAUGGCUGUUCCUCCUGAUCAGUGUGCGUAUAAUCAGCAGUGGGCGGCGACUGCGCCUUUGGGUGGAGGAAUUAUGCAAGUUGAAAGUGGUAGGUAUUAUGAACCUGUUGGGAGGAAAGCGUGGUUACUUCGUCGGGCUGGUGAUGAUGGGUUGGCUGAGAAGCUGUGGGAGUGGACGCAGGAGGAGUUGAAGCCUUUUGAACUAGCUGCGUCUUGA